UACUGUACACUGUGGUCACACUGGCUCGGUCGUGGGUGGCGCAUCAUCGUUAUUCUGUUGCUAAUUAAACAAGUGCAAAACUACUUUUUUCAGCAGUGGAGGAAAGUUAAGAUUGCAAGAAAACAGACGCUAAGAAAGGCAGUCGAUAUUAUUGUUGCUGCGAUUGGUAAGCAGCGUCGUUCGAGUGCGUGAGGUGACACAUUUUACUGCUCGAAUACAAAGUCGGCAAUGAAAGCAAUAUCAAAGAAAGCAGCCCAAAAAAAAAGGAUAAAUAAAAAAUUCUAGAAAGUGCAGGAGAGCUACAACUACUAAAGGUAUCGUUAACGAUUCUAUAACCGUUAUAACCUAUAAGGUCAAUCAACUGAUUCAAAAGCUAAGUUUGUGCGGUUUUGCUCAACCGCUGAGGGCUUUCCAUUCAUUUUGUGGUAGAAACGAGAAUAAACUUACUUUGUUGGUCGGAAAUUAAUGACACUUCUUGGGCCUAGCGCCCCUGGCAUGGCCUUUAUGAUGAAAAAGAAGAAGUACAAGUUUAACGUUGAAGUGCAGCUGCAGGAUUUGGUAGAGGUGGCCCUUGUCAAUGAGGUGCUGUUCGCAAAGAUAAGGUUGCUCGAUGGAGGUUCCUUUCAGGAGUACAGUAGUCGCGAGGAAGUGCGUAACCAUCGAGUAGAAUGGAACCGCAGCUUUGAGUUCCCUUGCAAGAUGAGUGCGAAUGCCUCAACCGGCGUUUUAGAUCCCUGUCACCUGCGUAUAUCAAUACGCAAGGAAAUGAAGGGCGGCCGAAGCUACUAUAAGCUUGGAUUUAUCGACCUCAAUCUGGCCGAAUUUGCCGGCGCCGGCCUCACCUCCCGUCGGUUUCUUUUGGAGGGCUAUGACUCAAGACAUCGCCUAGACAACUCGAUGUUGCGAGUGAGCAUCAAGAUGCAUAUGCUUAGCGGUGAUAUUCUGUUCAAAGCUCCCACGCCAAAUCUAAAAAGCAAGCAGAGCAAGCCUUCAAUGGAUGAUUUUGCCAAUGCCGCCACUGGAGUAGGCCUGCAAGCACCGACAGCUACCGCUCUGUCCAGUAUAGGUAGUGGAAGCGGUGUGGCAUCUGCUCCAUUGGGUGGUAGUGGAGCCACUUUGGGCGGCAUCCCCGGCAAUCAGUCGCUACCCGGAACGCGACCCGUUUCCACCACAAAGGAGGAGGUAAUACUUACAGAUAUCGAUAGCCAGGCUUUGAUAGCAGCUAUUGUGACUGACUCCGGCUUAUCGGAGUCCUCGGAAUCGGGGGUAACGUUGACCACGGAUAAUCUCCAGCAGCAUGCCUCAGUUGUGGUAGCUAAUCCUAUUAGUCCUGUUACCCAGCCACUCCCGGUACUGGGAAUCAUUGGCAGUAACAACUACGGAACAACAGGAGGGUGUAUUGGAUUUUCCGGUGCCGGCAACGCUACCCUCAUAGAAAUGGGUCAUUCAAGAAAUUCCAGUAAUACUAGUCAAAUGUCAAAAGGAUCGGGUUAUAGUAGUUUUUCGCACAGUCAACACUCAAGGCAAAGUUCUGAAGGUGAUUCGGGACAUGCUAGUCGCUUUAGAAAAUCCGUUUCUCUACUUAAUAGACUCAAUCAGAGAGCAAUUAAUGCCAUGAAAUUGAAUAUACCACGCAGCCGACCGCACGGCCAGAAGGGAGAUGAGCAUCAACCAUGUAACAGAUUGCCAGUGGUAACAGCCAAAAGCCAUCGUGUUCAUACUCAUCUCAGUCUCAGCACCACUGUUGAAUACACUAGCGAUGAACAGCUUUACCAGACUCCAAACGCCACCAUGACCAACUCUCAAAAGUUGGCCUUUGAGGACUUCCGCACUCCGAUGGCAGAACAUGCAGCUCCGUUCUUUCAACCGAUGGGAGCUUGCUGUAGUGGUACUCCCAGCUCUACAUAUCGUAGUGCAGGAACUCCGUCCACCGCUACGCAAUAUUAUGACAGUGGAGAGGCGAGCGAUUCAGACGAGUGUCUUAACGACGACUCAGGCGACAACGAUUCUGGCCUGGAGGAAAAUUUUCAUACGCCCCGUGUGGCCAAGAUUAAGUCGAUGGAGAAUCUCUCCAUUCUGGAGAUGGAGUUUCACAAGGCUUCUAUGGAACUGGACCGCAAUUCACCUCGCCGUCUUAAGCAACUGGCUGAAAAUGCGCAGAUCCCCAAGAUGAAGUCGCUAAACAACCUCUGUUUUGACCACUACGCUGAGCAGUCGGUUCGCGAAGAGUUUCAGCGCAUGCACGAACAAUCGCUUGAGGAGCGAAUGCGCUUCCAACAGCACCAUCAAUUACGAAAGAACUCCAACACAUCGAACGGGUCAGCGACAAAGAUAUACGUAAAGCAUUUAAGCCACCAGAAUCAUCAUCACAUUAAAGUCGGUAACGCCAAGUUCAUCGGGCAGGACGGCAACGAUAGUCCGCAAUCGAUGCAUUAUCCCAUUCAGAAGAUGCGAUCAAUGGGUACAAUACAGGACAUUGUGAGCGACCGCAUUAGGCCUGAUCCGUUUCUCACUCCAACUACCGAGCGAAAGCCUAAUUUCUCACGUCUCGUCCAGUCUGCAGAGAAGCCGGUGCUGGGCAGCAGCUACGUCAACCGUCUACUUACCUACGAUGUCGUGGACUCGCCGUCAGAGCCGUUUAACAGCUCAGUGUCCUUUGUGUCGCGUACCCCCUUUCAGAGAGCAUAUCGGCGCAACAUACAGCAAGGCAGCUCUUCGACGCCUCUGGCUACUCAGGAUUCGUUCACCGUGCGGCCACAUUCCACAAAUGCUGCCUAUGAACUAAUGAGAAACUUCAGUGGAGUUCCUCGUCGGCUCUUUGAUGGCAAUAGCACACCCGCGGGCCAGAUCAGCAACAUAGGUACUGUCAGCAGCAACAGACAGCAUCAGUCCAGUGCUACAGGAGUUAACAGUUUCGUUGGAUCCAAUUCAUCGCCUUGUGGAACUUUGGCCAGUAUACACUCAAGCCAUUCUGCCUCCUCAUCAAAUGGCAGCAACAGCAGCAGCAGCGGAGCAGUCAUUACCUUCCAAUGUAACCCAGACAGUGGACAGGACACAGUGGACUCAGCAAACCAUCAACCACAGAUGACAGAGGGAUCGUCUAACGGUCAUGGUAGCAGCCCCCGGUUAGGCAACGUCAUGUCAGGCGAUGCCAUUAGCUCGAUGGCCGGCAGUCCCACAGACGCUUGUAGCAUCCGUUCUAAUCCGUCGGCCGCCUCACUUCUUCUUUCCACCUCGGCAGCUGCAGCAGAGGCUUCUGCAUUGGCCUCGGCAACUAUGUCCGUUUCAGGAGCAACACUUUCACCUCUAGCCACCACCCAAAUCAUUCGCCGCCCCAGCAUCACAAUGAUGAAUCCCAGCUCGGGUUCGUUAGUUAUUAGUGAGACGGGAUCUCUAGAUCGGACGAAAAGCAGCGGUGAGAAGCGCAAAAAAGGUGCGCUCGAUGACGGGCCGCGUGUUUCCGACAGAGUGGAGGAGACACGGGUCAAUCCGGACUCGUUAAUUGAUGAGAUUUUAAAGGAUACUAAACUCGAUCAGCUGGAGGAGUCCGCAGAAACAUCAGGUCUUCAACUGUACAUCGCUCGUGAUGGAACCGCCUCCCUGGGUGGACACGAGGUUAAAUCAAGCGUACGAGCGGGCGCCCUAAAGCAGGUGGUUAUGCAGGAUAGAAGAUAGUAGUAUCCGAGACUCACAGCUCCUUUUUACAAUUAAUUAGAAGAACUAUACGAAACAGUUCGCGUUACGAACAUGUUUAUAUACAAACUAAAGUGAGAAUUCAAAUACGCUAUAUAUGAAUAUAUAAAAUGUUUGUCGGAACUACACUGCUAUAAAUGUAAUUAACACAUAUGUGUUUAUAAACAAACACGCAUGUAUGUUAUAGAUUUGUUAACAGGCGUAACUUGUCUAGUUGUAUUUGCAAGUGUUGUGAAUCAGGAAAACAACCGUUAACAAUUAGGAAACCAAAAAUGAAAUUCAUAAAACUGCACUCUAUAUAUGCAUAAAAAAUUACUCGCAAUGGAAUACGAUAAAUAAGAAGUUUUAAAUUUUGUUUUCGAAUAUAAAAUAUUAUGUUUUGCUUCCAUCAAUAUGUCCAGCCUCAAGGCAUUUAUAAAUACAUAUAUUAAAAAUUUAUAGAAUAAAUAACGCAGUCAUGUUAAACAAAAGGCUUCAAAAUUAAAACCCCGAAUUUUAAGUCAUCGAAAUACAGCGCAAUCAAAAACUAAAUAACCACAACUAGUUUUCCCAAUUCAGCCCAUUAUAUGAAUUUUUUUGAUAACAUACACAAUAAUUAAUCAAUGUUCACAGAUACAUAACUUUACAUUUUAAAUUCAACAUUGUUGUAGAUUUGUAACUGGUAUUCUCGUUUUAUUCUUUAUUUAAAACUUCCGAAAAUCGAUAAGGCAAAUGGUGAAUAAAUUUGCAAAAAAUUGUUUAAGAAUUUUGAUGUAAAAAAUCAUAAUAAACAAUACUUUUAAAUCAAUCGAAAAACCUGUUAGAUGGGAACACAAAUAAUACAAAUAGUUAUUACCUAAAGCUUUUGUUAAAAUAAUUUGUGUACAAUUAUGUAGUUUUUUUAACAAUUUGUAAGGGGAGAACUUGAAUAGCUCCAUAUUAGUUUCUUUAAAUUGUAUAUGGAAAAAAACAGAUAAAUAAAAAAUGGAUACAUAUACAUACAUGGUUGAUAACUGUCAAAUGUCUAGAGUUGGGCAAAUGUUGUUGGUUGUUUAAACAAACAUGCUAAUAGGUGAUUAAUUUCGAUAAUUUUAAAAAUGGUUUAUUCAUUCAGUUACAGUUAAAAUUUAAACAUUGUGAAAGUUGGGCAAGGACGUAGUCCAUAGAUUUGCGCAUAAAUCGUUCGUACUAUUCCGAGUAAAGAUGAGUGCGAACGCUGUGCGACAGUCGCGGAAAAAAUAUCAUUGUAGUAAUAGGUGUAACAAGCGCUUCGGCCUUGGGUUGUUGAGUUCAAAACACUCUCGGGAUUUUGGAAAUAUGCGCUUCUAUACCUAUACCAGAAGCCAAUGAUGCAAUAAUUUCUGUUGUGAAAACAGCACACAAUUUUUUGACCUCGGUAAUAAAUAAAAAAAAACGGUAACCAUGUUUUCGUAAAGUGUCUGACCACCAAUGCAUCUAUUUGCAAAGAUUUUUCUUUGCUCUCUUAUAAAAACCGACGCCAAUACUCAUAAAAUACGACUAAUUAAGGAAUACCCAGAGUUUUCUGCAAAUGUACACUGCGUGUCAUCAGAUUAGCGGCUCCUGCUUGUUUCCGUUUCUUAUGUUCUGUAUUUUCCACUUGCACGAAAAUUCGGCAAUGUUGUAGAUGUUUGUACCCUGAUAUUCCCUCUCUUUUUGAGAAUAAAAAAGAUAAGCGCCCCCAAUGCAGUUUAUAUUAUCUUCGAUAAUUUAAAAGGUAGGACAACUAAAUUUUGUAUGCUGUUAAAUUAAAAAGUUUUCUCUAAUUUAGCGCAAAAAUGGGAAGAGGAACGGUGUUAUCCAAAAUCAUAGCUUUCUUUUCAUAAAAUUGCAGAAAAACUGACAGACAUCGCAAAAGUAUUGCCAACUUUAUUUAAAACAAGGAAACUUAUGGAAAAAACUAUAAAGGUGGCAAUAACCGUGUCGUUACCGCGGCAGAUCGCAGGUCCAAACUUCCAAUAGCCUCCAAUUCCCACGACUCCUCCGCCAAAAUUCGAGAAAAAGUGGUGUAAGUUAACUUCGCAAAGCUUGCUACCUAAAAACAAAAUGCGAGCAACAAAGUGGCGAAUGCACCCAUCGGUCAGCGGCCCGACAUCCGUUACACUUGCACAACAUAGCCACGUUUGCUGGCCUAGCUUCUGCACCAUUUAUUUCCUCCAGCGAGCCGAAUUCGUAAGAAUCUGAAGUGCAAGCGAUCACACCACCAACUUCAGCUGCGCUGCCUCUGCCAAAUUGAAGCUUUCGUUAGGGCAGAAUUAAUUUAAGCAAAUCAGUCUCAUACAUAAUCUUUCAAAAUAAAGUAACACCUAAUACAAUUUAA